AGCGAGGACAUUAGCUGUUACAAAUAGAACUAGAACCGUCCGAUUAAAAAUGACUAUUCAGCAUCGUGCGGCGGCGCCGGGAAGGAAGCUUGACUUCUGUCCCAAGCAAACCCAACCUAUAAAUCCUUCCAGCUUCUUCCCCAACUCUCCCGAGAAAAAAAAAGAAAAAGAAAAACAGAGAUGGGAAGAGGAACAGAAGCAUUUCCGGAUCUGGGAAGACAUUGUCAAAACCCUGAAUGCAAUCAACUCGAUUUCCUUCCUUUUAAAUGCGAUGGCUGCCGAAAGGUUUUCUGUCUGGAACACAGAUCGUACAAGUCUCAUGAAUGCCCCAAAUCGGAGCACAACAGCCGGAAGGUAGUGGUAUGCGAGAUCUGUUCGACGUCGAUCGAGAUCACUGGGAGCAACGGCGGAGACGGGGUUGAGAAGGCGGCGUUGGAGAGGCACGAAAAAUCCGGGGACUGCGACCCGAGGAAGAAGAAGAAACCGGUGUGCCCGAUCAAGCGUUGCAAGGAGAUCUUGACGUUUUCGAACACCAGCACCUGCAAGAUUUGUGAAUUGAAGGUCUGCUUGAAGCACCGAUUCCCCGCCGACCAUGCCUGUAGGAAGUCCUCGUCGUCGCCGUUGGUGUCUGCCGUGGCCAGCAGAGGAACCGGCAACAAGUUCUUGAUUGCUCUGGCUGCGAGAACGGAGGGUAACGAUUGCGCGAAACAGAGUCGACGGUCGGCGUCUCCACCGUCCACUCCUCAAUCUGUCGAGGCCUGUUGAUGGAUAAUGUGUUUUUACGAGCACUGUUAAUUGUGUUUUCUUAGCCCCAAAAGUUUCUACCUUAAAACUAAUGACGUUAUUUUAUUUUAUUUUAUUUUAUUAUGCUCGUUGAUAAAAUUGAAGAAUUCAAAAAAUGAAAUUAAAAUAAUAGAUAUUAUAUAUUACACAAUUGUUUA